CGCGGCGGGAGUGGCCGCUCCUCCGGGGCGGUGGCGUGGCGCGGGUUUGUGGACGCCGGGAGCGCGGGCCAUGGCUCCCUGGGCGGGGUCCGAGGCCUCGUCGCUGAACCCGCUGCGCGCGCUGUGGCUGGCGCUGGCCGCCGCCUUCCUGCUGACCUUGCUGCUGCAGCUCGUGCCGCCCAGCCUGCUCCCGGGCUGCGCGCUCUUCCAGGACCUGAUCCGCUAUGGGAAAACCAAGCUGGGGGGGCCGCGGCGCCCGGCUGUCUGCCGGGCCUUUGAUGUCCCCAAGAGGUAUUUUUCUCACUUCUACGUCAUCUCCGUGCUGUGGAAUGGCUUCCUGCUUUGGUUCCUUACCCAGUCUCUGUUCCUGGGAGUACCUCUUCCACAGUGGCUUCACCGUUUGCUCAGAAUUCUUGGGGCAGCACAGUUCCAAGGGGGUGAGCUGGCACUGUCUGCCUUCUUAGUGCUCGUGUUCCUGUGGCUGCACAGCGUGCGGAGGCUCUUCGAGUGCUUCUACGUCAGUGUCUUCUCCAACGCCGUGAUUCACCUUGUGCAGUAUUGUUUUGGACUCAUCUACUACGUCCUGGUCGGCCUGACCGUGCUGAGCCAGGUGCCACUGGAUGGCAGGAAUGUCUAUGUAAUAGGGAAAAAUCUGUUGAUGCAAGCACGCUGGUUUCACAUCCUGGGAAUGAUGAUGUUCUUCUGGUCAUCUGCCCAUCAAUAUAAAUGCCACGUCAUUCUCGGCAAUCUCAGAAAAAAUAAAGCAGGAGUGGUCAUUCACUGCAACCAUCGGAUCCCAUUUGGAGACUGGUUUGAAUAUGUUUCUUCCCCUAACUACUUAGCAGAGCUGAUGAUCUACAUUUCUAUGGCUGUCACCUUUGGGUUCCACAAUUUAACUUGGUGGCUAGUGGUGACAUAUGUCUUCUUCAGCCAGGCCCUGUCUGCUUUCCUCAGCCACAAAUUCUACAAAAGCAAAUUUGUCUCCUACCCAAAGCAUAGGAAAGCUUUCCUACCAUUUUUGUUUUGAGAGAACCUCAGUCAUGAAGAAAGCAAGUUAGGUGGCAAGUUCAAUGCCUAGAGACUGUGAGACCAAAGUGCACUUUCGGCAGAACUGUUUAAAAUUCUUUGUUCCAUAAAUGCUUUACCAAGUGAACAAAGCAAUAUCCUGGAGCAGAUAAAUCUUCAGAGUGUCUUCAAAGAAGAAAUACUUCUGGCAGACUUAGGGUUACCACCUCUGCUUUCUGCCAUGCUUUACAAAGCCAACCAACAAAUUAAAAAGUAGACAAGAUUUUUCCAAGCUGCUUCACAAGCACACUAACCAAGUCCAGACAGCUUCACACACAUACACAUGUACACCAAGAGGAGACAAGACCAUCUGCAGCUGGAAAGCUUGUUAGGGAACAAUGGACUGCACUAGAUAGUGAGGGAUAUAGUAGGGGUUCAAUAAAUAUUUGUAAAGUUCAAUUAUAGCAGAUGUAACAUUUGAAAAUAACAUUAACAUAUAAUUUGACACCAACCGUUUCAAAGAAAGAUGAGUCGUUGGGGUUAAUCUAUACUGUCACAUAUUGCACAAGAAUCUCCAGUUAUGAAACCAUUUGAAAAGUUACGAAAUUUGAAAAGUUAUGAAAUGAAGCCAUUUCCACUCAUCUCCCCUGCAAGUCAGCCUAAUAGAAACUUUUAAAACUUACUUAAUUCUUCUUUGACACUCCUUUCAAGAGAGUCCUUUAAAAGCAAAAGCAUUGAAAAAUAAAAUAUUUUUAUACGUAUGCAUAAAAAACCUUCUUUGAACUGAUAUGCUCUGAACCAGGUACUACUGAGGCCUCCUUCAGCAGUAGUUAUUCAAAUUGGAUAAUGUCACCUGAGUGCAUUUCAACUAACAGAAUGAAUUUGGAGAUAUCUAGGAAUAAAGUUUACACUUUAAAUUGCUUAUGCUAAAGACAAUAUCCAUGCUUAAGUCAAAGGGAAAUAAAUGCAUAGCAUGAAAGGAAAACUAAAUCUUAAACAAUAAUACUACAGCCUGAGCACAUUCACACAGCAUAGGACUUUCUAGCUCCUGGGUGAGAUAUUAACUUACUCCUUUUAUGCAAAUGUUGCAUUAUAGUCCACUAAGUGCACUUAUUUGUGCCUUGCUAAGGGGGAAAGAAUCUCAUUAUUAAUCAGACACAUCAAAAGCACAGUCUAAUAGUAUGUUCCCCAGCUUCAUCCUGGGUAGUAAGCCUAGAUUAAAACCAGUUCCUUUAAAUCUCACUUUAAAUACAUGCAUAGCAAAACACAUCCUGAAAUUCUUUCAUUCAUUCUGAUGUCACAUUUUCUCUCCCAUCAAUCAAAUACCACUUACUGAGCCCAUUGGUCAGUCUGUUCAAAUACAUGACAUAUUCAUUCCAUUUGUCAGUUGGAAUUUGCUGUUCUCCAAAUCAGGACCUUGGAACAAAAGCAUUUCUACUUUGAAAUAUAAAGCAUAUUUUAGGUUGGUUUUAAUCUCCACACAAAUAGGCUGUGUAAUUUUAAAUAAAUUAUUGAGGGAAAAGUUGUAUUUUACUUUAGCAUGCAAUUUUAUGCCUAGGAUCUGACUGAUGUUCUGGAGUCUUACUGUACUUGGAAGUAAAAUAGUGAGCAGAUGCCCACAACGUAUUCUGUCGGGAACUAUGAGAAAGCAUUGCCGUUUCCUGUUCCUGUCCUUGCUGUCCCUUGCACACUGUCCCCUGUCUCUUACUUUCCCUUCUCUUCUGUGCCCGAACAAUGCAUUUCUAGUUGGAAAUUAAAAAGGAAAUAGUGAUGUCUUCAAAGGAGUUUCAGACAAACUAGCAUGGCUUUUGGUGAAAGCUUAACUGAUGGUGCAUGAUUGAGAAUUGUGAGCAGCUAGAGACGUGGCUCACUGGUAGAGCAGAAGGCCCUGGGUCAUCUCCAGCACUGAAAAAAAAUAAAAAGAAAGAAAGGAAUGGGGGGAAAAAAUGUGCUGUGCUUCUAAGGGCAGAAUUAGCACUGUUUUGUGCAAGUGAAAAUAAUUCUGUGCCUCUAAGGGGAGAGCCCACAAAGACUCACAAAUUCUUCACAAGAAUGACCCAGAAAAUGCGUGGAGGUGGAGAUUCUUGACUUUCCUGUGUGAAUAGCCUUGACCUUUUAUUCUAGGCUGCCAUCAAGGUAAGGAAAUGAUACUGAACUACCUCAAAGCAGCAGUCUCUGGAUUCACUACUGACUAUUCAAAGUAUGUUGAAAGUUUGUUUUUUGACGAGUCUCCAAGUUCUAGCUCAUCCCACAUACUAACAUUUGCUUACAGUAAGCAUGAAUUACUUUGUCUCCAUAAAGCUGUGUUCUGUAUUAUAUUUUUAACUCAAUGAGUAGUUACUGCUAGAAUUCCUACCUAAAAAAAAAAAAAAGAAAGCCUUUGCAGAUAUUUUUGUAU